CAUCAGUUCUAAUCUAACUCGAAGGUUAUGUAUGACUGUUGUCAAACACAGAUGAUCCAAGUUUGUACGAAUUUUUUUAAUUGAAUUAAUUACAGAAUCUCGUGACUAAUACGAGAAAAAUGGCAAAUUCGUGGCGUACUUGGCUGAGCUCCUUUGCAAUGACCGUAACUCUUUAUAAAGUGUUCAAAUAUUUGUUUUUCAGAAGAAAUAAAUCCUACUUUAAAGAAAAGGUUGUUCUCAUAACAGGUGCGAGCUCGGGAAUUGGGGAAUCAUUAGCUCACGAAUUUUACAAACGGGGAUGUAAAGUUGUAUUGUGUGCUCGAAGACGUGACGAGUUAGAAAGGGUACACAAUGAUCUUGUACGAAAGUAUCCUCCACUUACAGUUUUACCCAUAAUUAUGACGAUGGAUUUGACAAAUAUUGGAUCACUUGAGGCAAUUGUGGAACAAAUUAUUGACAUUACAGGUCACAUUGAUAUUUUGAUCAAUAAUGGAGGUGUUUCCAAUAGGGGUGCCGUUAUUGAGACAUCGAAUGAAGUGUUCAUGAAUAUAAUGAUGGUGAACUAUUUUGGAACGGUAGCCUUAACUAAAGCUGUACUUCCACACAUGGUUAAUAGGAGAGAGGGUCACAUUGUUUUUAUGAGUUCUGUGCAAGGUUUAAUUGCUAUACCUCACAGAGCCGCUUACGCAGCUUCUAAACACGCAAUACAAGCGUUUAGUGAUUCUUUGCGUGCAGAAAUUGCACAAGAUAACAUUAAUGUUAGUGUAGUUAGUCCAGGAUAUGUGAAAACGGCAAUCUCCCUAAAUGCGCUAACUGGAAGUGGUUUCAAACAUGGCAAAGUUGAUACCAAUACAGACCAGGGGUAUUCUCCAGAUUAUGUCGCGCAAAAAACUGCAGUCGCAAUAUUGAAAGAGAAAAACGAAAUUGUUAUUGCGCCUUUGCUACAUCGUGCAGUUGUAUUGAUUAGGUGUAAUUUUCCUAGCUUAUAUUUUCUAAUAAUGCAACAUCGUGUUAAGAACAAAGAUUCUUAAUUACAUUCAAUAAACAGUUUUUAAUUGAAAA